ACUUUCAACCCAGUUGAAGAAAGAAAAGGGUGUAUUACUUCUUCUAAUCCAUAAACCUUCUGUAAGAAAAAAUGAGGGAAAUCGUGCAUCUUCAAGCCGGACAGUGCGGUAACCAGAUUGGCGCUAAGUUCUGGGAGGUAAUCAGUGAUGAACAUGGAAUUGAUCCCACCGGCACUUACCAUGGUGACAGUGAUCUCCAGCUCGAUAGAAUCAAUGUCUAUUACAACGAGGCAUCAGGUGGCAAAUAUGUGCCCCGUGCUGUGUUGGUGGACUUGGAACCUGGUACCAUGGACUCCGUGAGGUCCGGCCCCUUUGGUCAGAUUUUCAGACCAGAUAACUUUGUUUUUGGUCAGAGUGGUGCUGGUAACAACUGGGCGAAAGGCCAUUACACAGAAGGAGCAGAGCUGGUGGACUCAGUCCUAGAUGUAGUCCGCAAAGAGGCAGAAAGCUGUGACUGCCUGCAGGGCUUCCAGCUCACCCACUCUCUCGGUGGAGGUACCGGGUCCGGCAUGGGUACCCUGCUCAUCAGCAAGAUCCGCGAAGAGUACCCCGAUCGUAUCAUGAACACCUUUAGCGUUGUGCCUUCCCCUAAGGUGUCCGAUACUGUAGUGGAGCCUUACAACGCCACACUGUCUGUCCACCAGCUGGUCGAGAACACUGACGAGACCUACUGCAUCGACAAUGAAGCUUUGUAUGACAUCUGCUUCCGCACCCUCAAACUCACCACACCCUCGUACGGUGACCUCAAUCAUCUCGUCUCCGCCACCAUGAGCGGCGUGACCACCUGCCUUAGGUUCCCUGGUCAACUCAACGCCGAUCUGCGUAAGCUGGCUGUCAACAUGGUGCCCUUCCCUCGUCUUCACUUCUUCAUGCCUGGCUUUGCUCCUCUCACCAGCAGAGGGAGCCAGCAGUACCGCGCCCUGACCGUUCCGGAGCUCACGCAGCAGAUGUUUGACGCCAAGAACAUGAUGGCUGCCUGCGACCCACGUCACGGCCGCUACCUCACAGUCGCCGCCAUCUUCCGUGGCCGCAUGUCCAUGAAGGAGGUGGAUGAGCAGAUGCUCAACGUUCAGAACAAAAACAGCAGCUACUUCGUGGAAUGGAUCCCCAACAACGUGAAGACUGCUGUCUGCGACAUCCCACCGAGGGGACUCAAGAUGGCUGCCACCUUCAUUGGCAACAGCACGGCCAUCCAGGAGCUCUUCAAGCGCAUUUCCGAGCAGUUCACUGCCAUGUUCAGGCGUAAGGCUUUCCUCCAUUGGUACACGGGUGAAGGUAUGGAUGAGAUGGAGUUCACUGAGGCCGAGAGCAACAUGAAUGAUCUGGUGUCUGAGUACCAGCAGUACCAGGAGGCCACUGCAGAGGAGGAGGGCGAAUUCGAGGAAGAGGGAGAGGAAGAGCUGGCUUAAAUCUCUUAAUAUAUAUGUGUGUUUUCCUGGCUGUAUCAUUUUGCUGCCAUUUAAGAAAAAUCUUUCCAAAGCUCCUUGUUAGUUUUUUUUCCCUUUUAAGUGGUUUCACUUCUGUUUUUGCCUCUUGUCUGUACAGAUGUCAAUAAAAGGCUUUUUCUUUUGUUAAA